GUUCAGUGUUAUACCAGCGUUCGAGGAGAUCGGACGUGGGUCUGUUCUCGAAAUAAUAACGCGAAUAUUAUUAAAUUAAUAAUACCGCAGUGCUUGUGUUGUGUUGUGCAUUUAUUUUUUAAUUAUUUGUAAUAACAUUAUUACUGUUCAUGUUUUUGUGUUCACGAAGAUUGGAAUUUUGAACUAAAAAAUGCCUGCAUACGACAAUGAGGGGGCCACGAUAUCGAUGGAGGAUGUUCGGGCCCCGGAGGCCCCGAUCACUAUCAGUACCAUAGAGGAAGAACUGAUAGCCAGGAGACAUAAGAUGUUCAAAACUCAGAAGUCUACUGUCGCUUCUAGGAAACAGCAAGCAGUAUGUGUAAGAAGAGCACACAAGAGAUAUGGCACACAGAAGAACCCAAACAUCAUCCUGGAUGGAUUGAACAUGACCGUGCCAAAGGGGUCCAUAUACGGUCUUCUUGGAGCAUCAGGUUGUGGUAAGACCACCUUACUGUCAUGUAUCGUGGGUAGACGGAGGCUCAACUCUGGUGAGAUCUGGGUGCUUGGAGGAAAGCCAGGUAGCCCUGGCAGUGGAGUUCCUGGACCCAGGAUCGGGUAUAUGCCUCAGGAAAUAGCACUGUUCGGAGAGUUUACCAUCAGGGAGACACUGAUCUACUUCGGAUGGAUUGCCAACAUGAAGACCAAGGUCGUGGAAGAGCGUAUUGACUUCCUUAUCCAGUUGUUGCAGCUUCCCAACCCUACUAGACAAGUCAAGAACCUGUCAGGAGGUCAGCAGAGAAGGACGUCGUUGGCUGCAGCCCUCAUCCAUGACCCUGAGCUGUUGAUCCUGGAUGAACCAACUGUUGGAGUCGACCCUGUGUUACGACAGAGCAUCUGGGACCAUUUGGUGGAGAUCACAAGGGGUGGUCGCACUACGGUUAUUAUAACGACCCAUUAUAUUGAUGAAACCAAACAGGCUGACAUUAUUGGGCUAAUGCGAGGAGGUAGAUUCCUAGCCGAAGAAUCACCAACAGAACUGAUCCGUCGCUACCAGGGCGAGAGUUUAGAAGACGUGUUCUUGAAGCUGUCGGUGCUGCAGAACUUGGGCAAGAGGAGAAGGUCCAGCAUUCUGGCUGAUGUUGUGGAGAGAGUGGAACUGCCAGCUAUACCGAACCCUGCCGCAGUAGACUUAGAAGAAGCAGAAAUCGGAGAAAUAUCAGGCGAGUUUGGAGAUAACGUGUCCAUGAGCAGUAAGGGUCGAGUGGUUGUGACUCCGGAGCUGCUGGCUCCAGUUGAAGCCAUGCCUCCUGAGGAGAAGCCUCGGAGGAGCAUGGAGAGCUACAUGCCGAUGAAGUGGCAUCAUAUGAAAGCUUUGAUUUGGAAGAACUUCUUGAGUUUGUUUAGGAAUUUCGGUGCUCUAGCCUUCCUCCUCGGCCUCCCAGUCUCCCAGAUGAUAUUCUUCUGCCUCGCCAUCGGUCACUAUCCAGUGGGUCUGCCCAUUGCUGUGGUGAACUACGAAGUCAACUCUACGGAACCCCUCUGCGAUUACAACAAGAACCUCUGCCCUCAGGACCCUAACACCUAUGAAUGGAACUUGACGAGAUUCAGUUGCGAGUAUCUGGACUUUUUGUCGAAACGGCAAUCGAAUUUGAUAUACUACCCAUCAAAAGAGUUGGCAAUGGAAGAAUCAGCUCACGGCAAAGCGAGAGCAGUGCUGGUGUUCCACUCUAACUUCUCCGAGUCCUUGCAGCUGAGGAUCACGGACCCAAGACACGCUAACUUCUGGACUGUGAAGAAUUCUGACAUGGAAGCCCAUAUGGAUGAGACUGACAAGCAAGUGGAGUGGAUGUUGAGCAGAGACCUGCAGCUAGCCUUCAUGGAAGCCACUGAGCAUCUGGCCGAGGUCUGCGAGCUGCCUCCCAGGAUCAUGUCUAUUCCUGUACACUUCAACAAGCCUAUCUACGGAUUAGACGUACCAAACUUCACAGACUUCGCCGGUCCCGGUGUUAUUCUGACGAUUGUGUUCUUCUUAGCUGUUGCCCUGACUUCAGGCUCCAUGUUGGCUGAAAGAAACGAAGGAAUCCUGGAGAGAUCAUUAGUUUCAGGAAUUACUGGUACCGAGAUCCUGUUCUCCCACGUCAUCGUUCAGAUGUUGAUCAUGUUCCUCCAGUCCGGUAUGGUGCUACUCCUGGGCUUCCUACUCUUCGGCCUGACCAUCAAGGGUCCAGUAGGAUGGGUGAUCUUCCUCACCGUGUUGACUGGACUCUGUGGCAUGACUUUCGGUUUCGUGGUAUCCACAAUUUGUGACACUGACAGAACAGCCACGUACUUGGCUCUGGGUUCAUUCUUGCCUAUGGUGCUGCUUUGUGGAAUCAUCUGGCCUAUUGAAGGUAUGCACUUCAUCCUCCAGUGGAUCAGCUACUUCCUGCCCCUUACGUUAUCCACCGAGGGUCUUCGUUCCAUGCUCCAACGAGGUUGGGGCAUCAGCACCCCAACUGUCUCCGCUGGCUUCAUCUCCAUAGCUACCUGGAUUGCAGUCUAUCUCACCACAAGUAUUCUACUCCUCAAGUUUAAGAAAGGCUGAAGUGUCUUCAAGGGUUAAUAGUUAAGGGUUUUGUGAAUUUGCUCAAUGCUUGAUUUGUAGAAGUUAGUUUAGUCAUGUCUUAGUCUAGUUUUGGGUUAGAUUUUCAGAGUGUGAAGUAGGUAGAAAACCAAUUAAUUUAAGUUUAGAUUUGAAUUCUAAUCAAAUUUUUUGAAAUAUUAAAACUUGGUCCAGAGUUAUGAAUAUUUUUUCUUAGACGGACCAGCUCAAAAGUUUUUUUUUUCUAUUUUUGGACUAUUUAUACCUUACUAUUAUAAUCUAUGGCUAUUUUCGUUUUGGUGCAGGUAAAUUGCAAAGGGGUGGGUUUGUAUAUCCGACUUGAAUUUUCCUUUUAAUUACGAGGUAUUAUUAUAAGGAUAUAAUAAAGGUACACUAGUAGAUAUCCUGCCGUUUUCCAUAGAAUAGAAAAAUAUAGAGUGGCAGUUUUGAUUUUUGUUUGACAUACAUUUUGCAAGAAAGGUUUAAAUACAUCAAUUUGAUGAAAAUGCAUGAUGUGGUAUAAUUAUAAUAUAUAACAACGACGAAUUUUAAAAAUUGUCUUCAAAAUUAAGAGCGUUUUCAUAAUAGUAUUUUUUUGGGCAUAAUAAGUGCUCUAUGUUUUUCUAAAUUCUGCUUUUCUUGGUUAACUAAUUCUGUGUUUUUUGCCUCCUUAGAAAUGUAGAUGUAAAACUUGGAUGUAUUUAUUUAGGUACGAAUUAGGUAAAGGUUUUUUUUUAAUGUUUUGUGAAUUGUAAAUAUUGUGUUUACGUAGUAAUAUUAGGUUAUAGAUACAUAGUUGUAUGCUUUUAAUGAAUGGACAAAACCUAAUUUUUUUUAUAAAAAAUAAAAACACAACAGGAUCUUAAAAAAAAUGUUUUUACUUUUUUUGGAUUUGUAAUUGUAACAUUAAAGUGCAUAAAGUGUAAUAAAGCGAAAGUUCAUUUAAUUUAUGCCCUUGUAGGUUAUUUUAAGUUAAUUUGGAGUAGGUAAUCUCUGUCAGCUCAAUAUGUAUUUGUUAAUUUGUACAAUGACAUUGUGAUAGUAAUUAAUAAGUCAUGAAUAAAAUCAUAGAAAUUAA